GAUCGUCUAUAUCUGUUGGUAAAAAAAUUAAAAAGUAAGAAAAAUAAUACGGUGGUACGCUCGUCCCCUCCGGUCAGUCGUCCAAUCCAGCCAGCAGUGCGGAGGAAGGGGAAGAGCUGAGGGAGCAGGGAGGAGGGGGGAGGAUGGCCAAGCCAGCCAAGGGGAAGGAAGGGAAGCCCUACGCCGAGUCAAUUGGGUAUAUAAACCCACCAACGCCUCCCUCCUCUCCCCUCUUUUGCAUGCCUCACCGGCCUCCUCCCCUCCCCUCCGCCCCAUCCGCCUCCCAAUGCACCACUGCUAACCCCUGCUCCCGAUCCCCGCUCCCGAUCCGCGGAUUCCCCGCCGAUCCCGCCCGCCCCCGCCCCCUCCUCUUGCAAUCUCCGAUCGGAUUCUCUCUUCUCUUCUUCUCCUCCGCCUCCGCCUCCUCUCCGUUCUGGUUCCGUCGGGCGUUUGGUGUUUGAUCUGGCGAUGAAGGGCCCGGCGGCGGACGAGCGCCCCGAGGAGAAAGAGAUGGACUUGCUCCUCAGCGAGAUCCCCCAGGUCACCUCCCCGCAGGCGCACCGGGCCGGCGGCGGCGGCGCGCUCUCCCAGGGCCAUGGCGGCGGCGACCGCCGUCACGGGUUCGCGCCGCCGCGCUACGCCGCGUCGCCCCGCCGCGCCGACGACGCCUGCUACGCCGUCGUCGUCAACCGCCGCGACGACGGUGAUCACCAGGGCGGCGGCGGCGGCGGGGGCGCGUACCACCCGCCGCUCCGCGUCUGCCCGGCGCCCCUGCAUCCCUCGAGCCCCUUCGUCGCCGCCGCGCCGUCCCCGCUCGUGCAGCCCGUCGACGACCCGGAGAAGCAGUGGCUGGCCAACCAGCUCCGCUGCCUGCUCGUCGAGGACGCGCCCGCCGCGCCCCAGCCCACGCCCGUCGGCAACGGCGCCCCGGCGGACUUCUCUGCGGCGCGUGGCGCCGCCUACUAUGGCUACCCCUUUGGGGCGCCGGGCUCCUCGGUUCCUGGCGAGCCCCUGGUGAACGAGCAGGCCAUGGCGGCCGGCUACCGCUUCGCGCUCGGACCGGACGUCGGCCUGGGCGGCCACCCCGGCGGCCUGGAGGUCAACAUGAACGGCUUCAUGUACAAUAGGACAGCAAACGGCACCGGCAUUGGUUGGGGACAGGGCCUGGUGCACCCUGCUCAUGCUCACCCCGAGCCCUUCAUGCUUCCUGGGCAGGCUGCCGCAGAACAGCACAACUGGGGGUUUGUUGGGACUGGCUCGAUUGCCCUUGAUCCCCGUGGUGGAGCAGCCCGUUCACCCAAACUGCACUGCGAGUACGGCGUGCCUGUGCAUACCGGCAAUCGCUACAUGAAAGGCGGCAUGAAUAAUCAGAUGGAGGCGUUUCGCCGCGAGGAUGGUCAGAAUUUCGAUGGCAAGAAGAACAUGCCUGUUCUCCACCGUGCCAAGGACAGGAGGUUUCAGCAGCAUGCCAACAACAACAGGGCACUGGAGAUGGAGAGUCCUAGGAUGCUGAGGUAUGAGAACAUGGUUGGAGUUAAGGGGUACAUCUACUUCAUGGCCAAGGACCAGAAUGGCUGCCGGUUCCUGCAGCAGAAGUUUGAGGAAGGGAAACAACACGUGGAUGUGAUUUUCGAAGGAAUCAUUGACCACAUGGCAGAGCUCAUGAUCAACUCGUUUGCCAACUAUCUCAUUCAGAAGCUUCUGGAUGUGUGUGAUGAGGAUCAGAGGCUGAGGAUCAUUGCCGUGCUGACGGAGGAUCCUGUGAAGCUGCUGAGAAUCUCUGUGAACUCUCAUGGCACAAGGGCAGUUCAGAAAUUGAUAGAGACUGUUAAGAUCAGGAAGCAGAUCGUGCUCAUUAUUUCGGCCCUACAGCCAGGCUUCAUGCAUCUUGUCAAUGAUCUCAAUGGUAAUCAUGUCAUACAGAAGUGCUUGUCAAACUUUGGUGCAGAGGAGAACAAGUUCAUAUUUGAGGCUGCUGCAACUCACUGUUUUGAGAUGGCAAUACAUCGCCAUGGCUGCUGUGUUUUACAAAAGUGCAUAACUAGUGCACGUGGUGAAUAUCAGGCGAAGCUAAUUGUGGAAGUGUGUGCUCAUGCCUUUCAGCUCGCUCAAGAUCCAUUUGGCAAUUAUGUGGUACAGUAUGUCCUGGACCAGAAAAUUCCUUCUGCAAAUGCACACCUGGCAUCUCAGUUUGAAGGAAGUUAUGUUUAUCUCUCAAAGCAAAAAGUGAGCAGCAAUGUGGUGGAGAAAUGCCUGAAGGUCUUCUCAGAUGAAGACAAAGCUGCCAUAGUGUUUGACCUGAUUUCAGUGCCUCAUUUUGAACAACUGCUGCAAGACCCUUUUGCGAACUAUGUCAUUCAUACUGCCCUUGUUAACAGCAGGGGCCAUCUCCAUAAUGCGCUGGUUGAAGCAAUCCGCCCUCAUGAAGAAGCCCUUCGGACCAGUCCCUGUUGUAAGAGAAUCUCUAGAGCCAUCUCUAGGAGGUGAAAGGUGUACAAUCUGCAGCGCCAAAGAAAUCUGUAUUGUUGUCAAUUUAUGUUUCACUAGCUGUUUACUAUGAUGUAUCUGCACACGGUCUUCUGAGUUCAGAAGGGUGGUUUUUGGCUGCAAGAAAGGUUCGACACAUCGUCAACUUCUGUAGAAUUUACCAGGUGUUGCCAUCCGAGAUGUACGUUUUGCUGGGCGCCUAUUCCGAUGGUGAUGGUGUAGAGUUGUAAAGAAAAAACGUGUGCUUUCCGAGUUGUCUAUUUUGUAUCUGCUGUAUCUUUUUCCUUUGGAUUGUUAGACGGAGAAUAAUUAGUAAUGGUGGACAAGUUGCUAUAGUUGCUAUAUAUUUUGGUCACUCCAACUUGCUUGAACUCUUCUCUCCAGUUUUGGUAAUGAAAUAA